CACCGCACCCAGUUUGAACUCACUUUGGGAACAAUGGCGUCGGUAGCUAAGCCCGAGAAAGAACAGCCAGAUAAAAUAGUAAAUACUAAUGGAACUAAAACAUUUGGCGACAAACCAAAAUGUUUUGCAAUCGAGGAAGGUGGAGAGACUUACUACAUCGGAUCAGAGGUGGGCAACUACCUUCGCAUGUUCCGAGGGUCCUUAUACAAGCGGUAUCCAUCAAUGUGGAGAAGACUGGUGACGGUUGAGGAAAGGAAGAAGAUCGCUACCAUGGUUUUCGCAGGGUUCGGUCAGCAUUCUCUGGCGACAAACAUCACCCUGCUGAAGGCAGUCGAGGUGGACGAGAUCUUCGAGGGCAACGACGACAAAUACAAAGCUGUCUCCAUCAGUAGUGAACCGUCAUUUACGAGAGAUUCAAAGACAAAGCGCAGUACCUGGGUACCCACAAUUCCAAGCAGUUCUCACCAUCUUGAUGCUGUUCCCUGUUCUACACCCAUCAAUAGAAACAGACUCGGCAAAGGCAAAGUGCGGACAUUCCCUCUAUGCUUUGACGACACAAACCCAGCUACUAUCCACGAGAAUGCUGGCCAAAAUGAAUCCCUCAUCCCAAUCAGACUUGAUAUGGAGUUUGAUGGCCAAAAACUGAGAGACUGUUUCACAUGGAAUAAAAACGAAAAGCUCAUCUCACCUGAACAGUUUGCUGAAGUAUUAUGUGAUGACCUUGACCUUAACCCAAUCAACUUUGUGUCAGCUGUGGCCCAAGCGAUCCGGCAGCAGAUCGAAGCAUCGCCCACAGACACUAUAGUGGAGGACCAGAAAGAUCAAAGAGUUAUACUUAAAUUAAACAUUCAUGUAGGAAAUAUCUCACUAGUGGACCAAUUUGAGUGGGACCUCUCCGAGCCAGAAAACAGUCCUGAGGAGUUCUCCACCAAACUGUGUGCAGAGCUAGGUCUUGGUGGGGAGUUUGUGACGGCGAUUGCAUAUAGUAUACGAGGUCAGCUGAGCUGGCAUCAAAGAACAUACGCCUUCAGCGAGGCACCACUGCCAAUUGUUGAAGUUGCUCUCAGGAACCAGAACGAGGCUGACCAGUGGUGUCCAUUCCUGGAGACACUGACCGAUGCAGAAAUGGAGAAGAAGAUCCGAGAUCAAGACAGAAACACAAGACGUAUGCGAAGAUUGGCCAAUACAGCACCUUCCUGGUGAACAAGACGUUUCAAGUGUUGAUAUUGACGAGUUUGGUCCACCUGGGAAGCCAUUGACUUCUUCAGUAUGAGUGCAAUGUACAUGGCAGGUUCUGAAAGUGACAUGUUCGAGGUGCUGUCCACUAUGAGGAGUCAACUGAUGAUCUGGUGACAAGACCAUGUGGGGCAGGGGGUGGGGGCGGAUCACUGCUGGGUAGGAGGGUGGGGAUGUUGAAGUUGAGUUGGGGAGGCUGGCUUUUGAUGGGAAGGUUUGAGUGAAUGAGGGGUGGAAAUCUGUCAACUAGCCCAGCCUUGUAUUUCAGAGUCUUUUUCAGUAGAUUUUAGGGUUACCAUAUGGACUUUUAUUAGCCGGUUGGUAUUUAUUGGGAUUUUUAGACUUGAGUCUGGGUUGGUUUGGUGAAGUGGGCGCUGGGAAAUAUGGGAGUGUUAUGAGGAUGGUUGGUCGUGGAUUUGUAUGAUUGAGUCUUGGUUAGCUUGGUGGAGUGGGCGCGGGGAAAUAUGGGAGUGGUAUGAGGAUGGUUGGGUGGGUGUUUGUAUGAUUGAGUCUGGGUUAGUUUGGUGAAGUGGGCGCUGGGAAAUAUGGGAGUGGUGUGAGGAUGGUUGGGUGGGUGUUUGUAUGAUCGAGUCUGGGUUGGUUUGGUGAAGAGGGGUGAAGUGGGUGCUGGGAAAUAUGGGAGUGGUGUGAGGAUGGUUGGGUGGGUGUUUGUAUGAUCGAGUCUGGGUUGGUUUGGUGAAGAGGGGUGAAGUGGGUGCUGGGAAAUAUGGGAGUGGUGUGAGGAGGGUAGGUUGGGGAUUUGCAUGGACGAGGUUGGAUUGUCGAGUCAGGAAUGGAAAAUGGGGUGGGAUGGCGAUGUGUAUGGUCGAGUGUGGUUUGGUAGACAGGGGGCUGGAGUGAGGUGGAUUGGGAAAUCUGUAAAUUGGCACAUGUCACAGAUGGAAGGACUGAAGGACACCUAGUGGACCAUUACAGACGCUUUGAAUGAAUUUAUUUAUACUGUGUUACCAUCAUGUGCAACCCUAGACUUAAACGAUGCAACUCCUUUCAACACUGUGAGCAUAUGUAAGUUUAUCAAAGGGGAUUUCAGGCGUAGAGCUAAACUUUUAAAUAUCUGACAGUUAAAGGCAUUAAAAAUGGAAAUAGGAUAUUUCGAACACAGGUCCCAUUGAUACAGAUAAUUUGAUAUUCAAGUUGAACUGCGGAGGUAAUUACAUUACCGGUAAGUAUGUUAGGGACACAUAGGGUUAAUCAUGGAUGAAGACAGAUAGUAAGUGUUGUGUAUGCGAGGAUGCUGGACUAUGGACUUCCUACAGCUAACACUGCCACGUCGCACUGUCAUAUGGUGCAUCCAGGGUUUCUACUGGGUCAGUUCAUUAUGUCAAGUCAUUCAUUGUCAUUAUUCAUGUACAUCAUUUAUCAUUUCAAAUAAAUCAAAUUUUCUAUA